AUGUUCGCGCGUAUGAUGGAGAUGAGUGGUUUCACAGAAGAACAGCUGACUGUUCGAGACGCAAUUCAGAAGAUCUGUGCCCAAUUUCCCAAUGAGUAUUGGCAACAACGCGAUCAAACCGAGACCGACCCCAAGGAGCUCCAUGCUGCUCUGGCAGCAGAUGGCUGGUUGGGUAUUGCUCUGCCUGAGGAGUUCGGUGGUGCCGGUCUCGGUAUCUCAGAGGCUACCAUGAUGCUACAGACGAUAUCUCAAUCAGGUGCAGGCAUGGCCGGGGCUCAGUCUAUUCACGCCAACGUCUACGCCACUCAGCCACUGGCCAAGUUUGGAAACAAGGAGCAGCUAGAGUCGACGAUCCCCAACAUCAUUAGCGGUAAAUGGAGGGUUUGCUUUGGUGUGACGGAACCAAACACCGGUCUUGAUACGUUGCGGUUGAAGACGACCGCGACGAAGAAAGGAGACAAGUACAUCAUCUCUGGACAGAAGAUCUGGAUCACUUGUGCCCAGGUAGCAUCGAAAAUGAUUCUGCUGGCCAGAACGACACCCCUGGAGGAAGUCAAGAAGCCCAGUGAAGGUCUCUCGAUGUUUUGCAUCGACAUUGAUAAGUCACAGCCAGGGUUGGAGCUGAAGAAGAUCAGGAAGAUGGGCGGUCGAGCGGUUGAUGCCAACGAGGUCUUCUUCGACCAUUACGAAAUCCCCGCCAAUACGUUGAUCGGCACGGAAGGGCAAGGUUUCAAGAUCAUUCUACAUGGGAUGAACGCGGAACGGUGUCUGUUGGCAGGUGAAGCGUUGGGACUGGGAUAUGCAGCUCUGGACAAGGCAUCCAAGUAUGCACGGGACCGUGUCGUUUUCAACCGGCCGAUCGGGCAGAACCAAGCGAUCGCUCACCCUCUGGCCGAUGCAUACAUGAACCUUGAAGCAGCCAAGCUGGCGACGUAUCAUGCGGCAAGGCUGUACGACCGAAGCAAGGAGGACAAGACCAUUACCCAGCACGCGGUGGGUGUCGCUUGCAACAGUGCCAAGUAUCUGGCGGCUGAGGCAGCAUUCCGGGCGUGUGAACGGGCAGUCAUGACUCACGGCGGCAUGGGAUAUGCGGCCGAGUACGACGUGGAGAGAUAUCUGAGGGAGAUUUUCGUGCCGAGAAUCGCCCCAGUGAGUCGAGAGAUGAUCUUGAACUUUGUCAGCGAGAGGGUAUUGGAAUUGCCACGGAGUUACUAGACGAAGACGAGGGGUUGUUGGCGUAGGCGAAGCAUAAAACUGGAGGAGGUUAUUUAGGCAGCAUAUGUAGGGUUUGUAUAAUGUUCAUCAAU